CGAGGGUUAGGUUUCCUCGGACCUUCAAACGAGAUUUGUCCGUCGAAGAGAAACCAUUUCGGAAAAUAUGGUAUCUUCUACUAUAGAUUAUUAUGAGAUUAAUAAAAACUUGUUGAGGUUUGUCGGUCAGUGGCCGUAUCAGAAACCGAGGGAGAGACGAUUUAUCUUUAUCUUCACGAUGAUACUUGUAAUAAACGCAAUGGUGCCACAAGUGGCACAAUUUUUCGUAUGCGAAAAUAUGGAGUGUGUCUAUGAAACUAUACCUCCACACAUGUUGGCAAUAAUGUUAUUGAUAAAAUAUUUCACUUUGCAUUUGAAUAAAAACCAGGUUAAGGACCUUACGGAUCGUUUGUUUAUAAACUGGAAUAUAAUCGAUAAUGAAGAAGAACGCAAAAUUAUGGAAAAAUAUGCUAAAACUGGCAAAUGGUACUCGAAAAUGUAUGCUUGUAAGUAAUCUCUUUCUUUAUU